UGGCUGUGUGAGAGAGAGAGCAGAAACCAGUACAUAGGUAAAGUAAGGUGGGCGUGAGAAGAUGUGGAGGGUGAGACGGGGAGGGAGAUAAGGAGAAGGCGGGAGUGAAGGAAUUUGUGAGGAACUGAAAGCAGGGGAGGGCGGCGAAGGGGAGAGGGAAGAGUACCGAGCAGAGAGCAAGGUUACACGUGAGAGCAGUCCAGAGAACGAAAGUAAGAGGGACAGAGGAGAGGGAGAGAGAAUAGCAGGACAGGUACGCUGGCGUGGAUUAUGGAGUUGAGAAGGUUUCAGUCUUACCUCACAAGUUAAUUACCUGUUGCUCACUGGAGGACAAGAACAAAGAAAAGUGGAGAACAAAGAAAGAGUAAACAAUAAGGGCAACGGAGAAAGAGAGAGAGGCAUAGGGGGAAACCAGGGGUAGAGGGAGACAGGGAGAGGGGGAAACCAGGGGUAGAGGGAGACAGGGAGAUGGGGGGAACCAUGGGUAGAGAGAAAGGGAAGGACAAAGUUGAAUGUUGACAGAGGGAGUGAGGAUAUUAAUCGGGAGAUAAACAAAAAGGAGGAGAGAGGGGGGGGGGGAAGAAAGAAAAAAACAAAUAGAUACACGUUGACAGAGUGGACUGGACUUCAAUGAAGCACUGACAUCAGCAAAAUAAAGGGGGCCGAAAGGAGGUCACUGCAGUCCAAAGUAGGUGCUGUGCACUGUAGUUCCUUAAGCACGCUUACUAUGAAACAGGAGUUAGGACAAGCAAAGACAGAUGUUCACUACACGAUUGAACCAUGUUGCUGAAGGAGUAUAGAAUAUGCAUGCCACUAACUGUGGAAGAGUAUAAGAUUGGGCAGCUGUACAUGAUCAGUAAACACAGUAAUGAGCAGAGCGGAGGAGGGGAGGGAGUGGAGGUGGUGAGGAACCAACCAGACACACAUCCCCAACAUGGCCUGGGACAGCUCACUGAGAAACGCAUCUACCUCAACAGUAAACUGCCAUCCUGGGUGAGUGUGUUUGUCCCCAGGGUCUUCUAUGUGACAGAGAAGGCCUGGAACUUCUACCCUUACACCAUCACAGAGUACUCAGUCUCCUUCCUUCCCAAGUUCAGCAUCCGUAUUGAGACCAGGUUUGAGAACAACAAUGGUGACAACAAUAAUGUAUUUGGAGACAGGCCCACCCCUGCAGAGAGUGUGAGCCACCUGGAUAUCCUCAUUGACCCCAUCCCUGACAAACACUACAAGGAGACAGAGGACCUGAGUCGCUGGGUGUCUGAGAAGACGGGCCGAGGCCCCCUGGUGGAAGGGUGGCGUAAGGACAGCACCCCCAUCAUGUGCUCCUAUAAGAGGGUGCAGUGCAGUUUCGAAGUCUACGGCUUCCAGGGAAAGACUGAGGACUUCAUACACAGGAACAUCCAGGACAUCCUACUGGUGGGGCACAGACAGGCUGUGGCCUGGACAGACGAAUGGCAUGGGAUGAGUUUGGAGGAUGUGAGAGAGUAUGAGCGACAGAUACAGGAACAGACCAACAGCAAACUCAAAUCAACCCAGAACAACAACACAGCAGCCCCUCGUCCGGCAUACUCGCGCUCUAUGUCCGUCACAGAUGAGCGCUCUCUGAAGAAGAUGGGAGUGAAGACUAUGGCCAUGUCAGACCCCUCCACCUCCACACUGCCUCAUAGCACUGUCCGCCUUAACUCCACCCCCGAGUAACACACACGUUCAUACUGAUGCAUCAAUUCCUGCCUGUUUAAACCUCUCCGUGACAGUAACUACACUGCAGCAGUUCCUUUUUGUUUUACGGCCAUCCACCACAGACACAGUUAACCAGUAAAGCUACACUGUCCACAGAGGCAGCACUUAGACCACUCAGGUCCUACCCCUUUCUCCAGCUGUAACUAUAUAACCCAACCCCCUGUCCUACCCCUUUCUCCAGCUGUAACUAUAUAACCCAACCCCCUGUCCUACCCCUUUCUCCAGCUGUAACUAUAUAACCCAACCCCCUGUCCUACCCCUUUCUCCAGUUGUAACUAUAUAACCCAACCCCCUGUCCUACCCCUUUCUCCAGUUGUAACUAUAUAACCCAACCCCCUGUCCUACCCCUUUCUCCAGCUGUAACUAUAUAACCCAACCCCCUGUCCUACCCCUUUCUCCAGUUGUAACUAUAUAACCCAACCCCCUGUCCUACCCCUUUCUCCAGUUGUAACUAUAUAACCCAACCCCCUGUCCUACCCCUUUCUCCAGCUGUAACUAUAUAACCCAACCCCCUGUCAUACCCCUUUCUCCAGCUGUAACUAUAUAACCCAACCCCCUGUCCUACCCCUUUCUCCAGCUGUAACUAUAUAACCCAACCCCCUGUCCUACCCCUUUCUCCAGUUGUAACUAUAUAACCCAACCCCCUGUCCUACCCCUUUCUCCAGUUGUAACUAUAUAACCCAACCCCCUGUCCUACCCCUUUCUCCAGCUGUAACUAUAUAACCCAAUCCCCCUGUCCUACCCCUGUCCUACCCCUAUCUCCAGCUGUAACUAUAUAACCCAAUCCCCUGUUCUUGAGUUUGUAUCCCAAUAUUACAAACUGUUUGACAUAGAAACACCAAUUUUCGGCAGGUUAAAAAAAAUGAAAUGAUGAAUAACAUUCCACCCAUGAGGCCUCUAGGUAAUUUGACUGCAGGAAAAGGCUACUAGAGUGGAUAUAAUGGUAGGGGAGUGCCGUGGAUCCACAGAGCCCCCCCCCCCCCAUCCCAUUGGUCAGACUGGGGUUAUUGAUCCGGUGUAUCGAGGCGCUGUAUUGGCUGCUUGAUCGUUCUGCUCCAUGCAGCAAAUGGCUGAAACAGGGCUAACCUUCACUGAUGAGUCAAUAGGAUGGCUGUUUUAAACAUGAUUAACUUCUGAUCUAUGGUAAUGGCUGCAACAUGACCUCUGUACAGGCUGUGGAAUAAUCUGACAUACAGGAUGAAUAUCAUUUAUAACUAGGUUAAUAUUGACACAUUAUACAUAUACUGUAUAUUUGGCUGUUUAGUCUAUUGUAAUGGCAGUCCAUUGCCAGCUAUGUACCUCUUGUAUGAAUGAAUAAAAGCCUUUUUCUCCUGUA